AUGAUUUUCAAACAGAAUGUCCCUACUGUUUUGAUGGCGGUGAUUCUCCUCCUCAGUCUCAUCAGAUUACUUGUUUUGUAUCAUUUUGGAUCCAAGUGGCCCGCCUACAAGAUUGACUAUGCGGUGGGUACGACGUCCUGCAUCCUCUUUGCUGUUCUAUUAGGCCUCUUCUGGAGCGAUCGAUCUCCGGUGUGGAGUCGAAUCCUGCUUUGGUUUUCAAUUAUACUGCCUCCACUUCAAGUAUUCCUUCGAAUCAACUCUCAGCAGCGCCAAUAUGAAAGGGCACCGCGAAUGCUCCUUAUCCUUACCCGAACGCUUGUUAUAUUCUCUACCGUGGCCACACUGGCAGUCGCUCUUGUGGGAGCAUUCGUUAAAGAAUCUGUUCACCCAGGCGGUCUUUUCAUCCUCUGUGUGGAUUAUUUUGCAGCGGCGAUGUGGUAUUGGUGGCGCCUGCAGCACGAGACCGAACGCCAAACCACCUUCAGGCGGACUUGGUAUUACUUGGCGGUCCUGACUAUGAUAUUACUGAUCGUUGCAAUUGUCGGCAUUCUGCGCGUAUCGUGGAUUAUCGCACUUGAGGCAAGUUCACCGGUCUCUGUAGAUGGCUGUGAAGCUGACAAGAGAUAG